CUUGGCCAUGUGGUGGCUCCUGGCCGCCCUGUCCCAGCUGGACCCGGCGGCCGGCGCGAACUUGACCGUCGCGGUGGUGCUGCCGGAGCACAACACGACGUACCCCUGGGCCCGGCCCCGCGUGGGCCCCGCCAUCGACCUGGCCAUCCGGAAGAUUAACGCCCGGCCGGACCUCCUGCCGGGCUACACCGUGCGGCAGGUCUUCCGCACCAGCGAGGACCGCAACGGCAUCUGCUCCGACACCGUGGCUCCGGUGUCGGCCGUGGACCUGAAGAUGCUCUACAGCCCGGACGUCUUCCUCGGGCCCGGGUGUGCCUACACCGCCGCCCCCGUGGCCCGCUUCACUGGGCACUGGGGGCUGCCGCUGGUGACCGCCGCUGCGGAGGCUGUGGCCUUCAACGACAAGCAGGGGGAAUACGCCCUGACCACCCGCGCCGGGCCGAGCCACAGCAAGCUGGGCGGCUUCGGCGUCCAGCUCCACCAGCGCUUCAACUGGACCACUCAGGCGCUGCUGCUCUUCUGGGAUGAGGACAGGGACGAGCGCACAUGUUACUUCUCCCUCGAGGGUCUCUACGUGGCUCUGUUUACGUUCAACAACAUGACUAUCGAGGCCGUGCCCUUCUCCGAGACCAACUACACCGCCCUGAUCCAGAUCAUCAAGGAGAAGGGCCGAAUCAUCUACAUCUGCUGCGCCUCCAGCAUCUUCCGAGAGCUCAUGCUUCACGCGCACCGCGAGGGCCUCACGGCAGGCGACUACGUCUUCUUCUACAUCGACCUCUUUGGGGAGGUCUUGCAGAGCCCCCACUUGCCUGACCGCCAGCUCCCGUGGCAACGCCAGGACGAGAACGACCACGUGGCCCGUGAGGCGUACAAGGCGGUGAUGAUCGUCACCUACGCGGAGCCCACAAACCCCGAGUACCGGCCGUUCAUCCAGGAGAUCAAGCAAAUGGCUCAGGAACGGUACAACUUCACCAUGGGAGACGAUCUGAAGAACUACAUCUCUGCCUCUUUCCACGACGGCGUGAUGCUCUAUGCCUAUGCUGUGAAUGAGACACUGGAGGGGGGUGCCAUCGCCAAUGCCACGGUCGUCACCCGCCAGAUGCAGAAUCGCACUUUCUACGGAGUCACGGGGAUGCUGAAGAUUGACCACAAUGGAGACCGGGAAACCGACUACUCGCUGUGGGACAUGGACCCUGCAUCCGGGGAGUUUCAGAUUGUCGCCAAUUACAACGGGACCACCAAGAAGAUCAAAAUCGUCCCUGGAAAGGACAUUGACUGGCCAGGGAAUACCAUCCCAAGAGACGUGCCAUUCUGCGGCUUUGAGAACAGCAACCCGAUCUGCCAUAAAGGUAUCCGCCAGCGGG